UGAGGAGACGACGGGGGAAAACCUGCCCUGCUGAUGCCAGGGGUGACGGCUGGAAGCCGCCGAGGGGAGGGAAAAGGCGAGGCCGGGAUGGAGAGGCCUCCGCCCUGAGGGACAGCCCGCCAUGUUUGUUUGCCGUCUCCAUAGAAACCGCCGCGCCGGCGCCGCCAUCUUGUUUACCGUCACCACAGCAACGCCCGCCAUCUCGUUCGGCAUCCCCACAGCGGCGCUCCGGGCCGGACCGGGACCAUGGCGAGCGCGGGGCGGCUGCACGACCUCGACCUCAGCGCCGACGAGGCGGAGCGGCUCCAGCGCGCCUUCCGCGACGAGCGCUUCCGGGAGCUCUUCGCAGAGUACGCGGCCGAGCUGACCGAUCCCGAGCGGCGCCGGCUGUACGAGGAGGAGGUGGCGGCGCUGGAGCGGGAGCGCGGCGUGGAGGUGCGCUUCGUACACCCGACACCGGGCUUCGUGCUGCGGACGAGCCAGGAGGGCUCCCGCCGCUGCUACAUCAACGUCUGCAGCAACGCGCUGAUGGGGGAGCCGCGGGCCCGCGCCGAGCGCGGCGGGCAGCGCUGGGAGCUGCCCUACAGCCUGGCCCCGGGCCGCGAGGAGCUGCGCCCCGCCGGCCGCCGCCGCCUCCUGUACGACGUGGUGUUCCACCCCGCCGCGCUGCGCCUGGCCGCCCGCAGCGCCCGCUUCCGCCGCCUGCUCUGCGACACGGCGCUGGAGGCCGUGGAGAGCAACUGCGGGGUGCGGCUGGACCGCCACAACGCCACCGUCCUGCGAGGAGUCUCCUACAAGGGCGUCCCGCAGGCGCCCGUCAUCCGCUCCCCUCUGCCCGGCGGCGCCCCAAAGCCGCCCGACGACGGCGAGUCCCCGCUGCCGCCCUUCCCCUUCCCGCCCGCCGCCCCAAAGCCGCCCGCCGCCGGAGCCUCCUCGCCCGCCGCGUCCCCGCAGCCCUCCGGCCCCACCACGCCGCGCUGGAGCAUCCGUCACCGCUCCUACGUGGACCUGCAGGACUACCGGCACUGCCGCGACUCGGCGCCCAGCCCGGUGCCGCGGGAGCUGGUGGUGACGGUGGAGCUGCCGCUGCUGCGCUCUGCCGACCAGGCGGAGCUGGAGAUCCGCGGACGGGAGCUGCGGCUGGACUCGCAGCAUCCCGCCUACCGCCUGCGCCUCCGCCUUCCUUACCACGUGGACGAGAGCGCCGGGCGGGCGGCCUUCAACCGGGCUCAGCGGCAGCUGCAGGUCACGCUCCCCGUGGUGCUGCCGCGGCUGGAGGGGGCCGUGCCCGCUGCCGAGGGGCCGGCAGCGGCGGAGCCGGGAGAAGCGGAGCCGGCAGCGGCGGAGCCGACAGCGGCGGAGCCGGCAGAGGCGGGCGGCGGAGCGGCUCCUCCCCCGGAACUCGGCCCCGGCGGCGCGGCCCGGAGCACGUGUGAUCCGCUGGCCGAGCCCCCCGGUAACCCACGGUGUGAUCUUCCCGCUGAUCCACCCGCCGAACUGCCCGUAGAACCACCCUGUGAUCCACCCGCUGAUCCCCUCACUGAACCCUCGGGUGAACCCCGCGUUGAUCCAACCUCUGAACCCUUUGCCGACUCCCCUGCUGAGCCCCCCGCUGAAGCUGCCGCCGAUCCAACCACCGAUCCCCCCUCCGAACCCUUUACCGAACCCUUCACCGAACCCUCCGCGGAUCCACCCGCAGAUCCAUCCCCCGAGCCCCCGGACCCGCCACUGCCCUGCUCCGGUGCCGCUUCCCCCAUCGCCAUCCCCGAGCCAGCCAUGCCCACCGGGGACACCUCUUCGCUGGCCUCCGAGGGCCACCCCAGCCAGACAGCCACGUGUCCUCCCUUCCGUGCCCGGCAGGACGGGGCGUCCCUCACCCUGCUCCUGCCCGUGCCCGGCAUCCAGCCCCACAGCCUCCGUGGGGAUGUGGGCACCCACCACUACAGCCUCCGCUUCUGCACCGACACCGCUGCCUUCGCCCUGUUCCUGCGGGUCCCUCCCGCGGCCACGCUGCUGUCCCCCGAGAGCAGCGUCAGCGUCUCAGCCCACAACGCCGUGGUGCGGCUCGCCAAGGCCCCCGGCAGCACCGGGCUCUGGGACAAGUUCAGCUUCGGCCUGGAGCCCUCUGCUCUGCAGGAAAGAUUGUUUGUCAGUGAGGAGAACGUUGAUGGAUUUCUAGGCACUGCUUUCUGCCCUUCCCCUUGCUCCCAAUCAGCACUGGAAAGCCAGCCAUUAAUUGAAGUGCUGGAUGUUACUGAGGACAGAAUUCAAAUCAGGGUGGAGCCACAGGAACGCGAUGGAGAAGGAACACUUGGCAGCUCGGGGGGAGCCCUUGCUGAAAACACCGACAGCGACUACCCCGAAACAAAGGCAGAAACAAAGUGUCCUGCAGCUGAGGGAGGUGCUGCAGGAUCCAGCCCAGCUCCCACAGCUGGAACAAUAGGAAAAGCAGGCUGUGGUUCACACCAUUGUUUGCAGCGCGAACCUCCUGCCACCAGUUCAGCGAUUCCUGGCGGAUCUGGGAGAAGGGAACCCGAUUUAGAAAGCGCUGCUGCAGCAGGAGACACAGCCCCGGCCCCAGGCUCUGGAAAACAAGAACUGCCAGGGGUUGGGGAUGAGGAGGCAGCCCCGGGGCCGGGCAGCAGGGCAGGCUCCCCCAUCCUGCGGGAGGUGAACCCCGAGGACGGGAGCGUGCGGAUCCUCCGCCAUCACCGAACGCGCUGCCCCGUCGCGUUCCACAACCCUCUGCUCUAUGAGCUGGAUUAG